AUGAAAGCAUUGCCAGUUCUACAACUCUUGUUUCUAGCCACACUUGUGGCCACAACCCAAGGUUCAUUCGAGCUUGACUUAGCCGACAAGAUAAUACAUCUCCUCCAGCCAAAAUCCGGCUCCGGCGGCAGUCAUGUCGGCAACAUUUCAUGCCUGAGUUGGCGACUGGGCGUGGAGACCCACAACAUCAUUGACUGGACGACUAUUCCGGCUGCUUGUGAAGGCUACGUCGGGCACUACAUGCUCGGCGACCAGUACAGAAAAGACUCGGCAGUGGUUACUCAUGAGGCCUAUGUCUACGCCGAGGGCCUGAAUCUCACCGACGAUGGUAACAAGUUGUGGGUCUUUGACGUCGACGAGACUACUCUCUCUAAUCUGCCUUACUAUGCCAAGCAUGGAUUCGGGGUAGAGGUAUAUAAUUCCACUGCAUUCAACGCCUGGGUCUUGGAAGGCAUAGCCCCAGCUUUGCCCGAGAGUCUAAAGUUGUACAAGAAGUUGUUGGCUCUUGGAAUCAAGGUUGCAUUCAUAACCGGAAGAGGAGAAUCUCAGAGAAAUGUCACAGAAACCAAUCUGAAGAAUGCUGGAUAUGAUACCUGGGAAACGCUUAUACUUAAGGGUUCAUCUUAUUCUGGUAACACAUCAGUGGUGUAUAAAUCAGCUGAGAGAACAAAACUUGAAGAGAGCGGAUACACAAUAAUCGGAAACAUUGGUGAUCAAUGGAGUGAUCUAAUUGGCACAAGCGUCGGCAAUCGAACCUUCAAGUUGCCUGAUCCUAUGUAUUACAUUAGUUGA